CAUUUAGUCAUUUAAAGAAUAAUCGUUUGGGACAGCACUACUUUGUGCAGUGUACUUGAAGACGCACGUGAAAGGUUUGUCCACUCAUGGUUCGGAAGCCGGGUAACAGUGUGAAGGUGUUUUAGCGCCUGAGCGCCGCAGGGGGCGCUGCAGGUGGGGGGGACUAGUACUAUUGGUGGCGGCUGUAGUUACGUAACGCGAGAUCUUAGCGGCGUGGCGGACUGUCGGCUCUCCUAGCAGCAUUAGCCAGCUGCUCCUGCACUUACUAACCCGGUAGGAGCAAACCUUUACUGCGGUACAGAUAUGGAAGCAAAGUCCCUCAAGGAGGCCGAAAGGACCUGCGUGCUCUGCUGCCAGGACGUCGACAUUUACGCCCUGGGAAAAUGUGACCACCCGGUGUGCUACCAGUGCUCCACCAAGAUGAGGGUGCUCUGCGAGCAGAAGUACUGCGCAGUCUGCCGGGAGGAGCUUGACAAGGUUGUUUUCAUCAAGAAACUUGAACCUUUUGCUGCCAUUGACACCAGGCGAUUUCAGUGUGAGAGGAAGUAUGACAUUUAUUUCUGUGAUGGCAAGACGUAUUCGCAGUUCAGGAGGAUCUUGCAAUCUGAAUGUCCCCAGUGUCCAGAACCGAGGAUAUUCGCUACGUUUGAGGAACUGGAAUAUCACAUGAGGAAACAGCAUGAGCUGUUUUGCUGUAAACUGUGUGCGAAACAUUUAAAGAUAUUCUCCCACGAACGAAAGUGGUACAAUCGGAAGGACCUGGCACGACACCGAACUCAGGGCGACCCCGAUGACACCUCGCACCGGGGACACCCCCUGUGUAAAUUCUGCGAUGAUCGGUACCUGGACAACGAUGAGUUACUGAAGCACCUGCGCAGAGAUCACUAUUUCUGUCACUUCUGCGACUCUGACGGAGCUCAGGAGUAUUACAGCGAUUAUCCAUACUUGCGCGACCACUUCCGCGAUAGCCACUUCCUGUGUGAGGAGGGCCGCUGCAGCACUGAACAGUUCACCCACGCUUUCCGCACCGAGAUCGACUAUAAGGCCCACAAGGCAGCCGCCCACAGCAAGAACCGGGCCGAGGCUCGGCAGAAUCGACAGAUUGACCUGCAGUUCAACUACGCACCAAGGCACCCGAGAAGGAAUGAAGGUAUCGGAGGGGAAGAUUACGAAGAAGUGGAUCGAUUCAACCGGCAGGGGAGAUCGGGGCGGGGUGGGGCUCGAGGGGCCCCACCGAACCGGAGAGUGAGCUGGAGAUACGACAGGGAAGAGGAAGACCGAGACAUCGCUGCUGCCGUGAGAGCCUCCAUCGCCGCGCGUAAACAGGAGGAGAGGAGACAGGCCUCAGAACGAGAGGCGCCCAAGGCACGGAAAGAGGAGCUGAUGGACGUGGAGGAGACCCGAAACCACAAGAGGGCAGCCAGGCCACCUGGGGAAUCUCUAACCCCCAAGGACGUCGGUCAGUCCGCUGGCCCCAAGGAGCCCCAGAAAGGAGACGACUUCCCGCUUUUAGCAAUUCCGGCUGCAAACACACCCCCAGCCGCUACAAGCUUGACAAAGCCAGCCGGCAUGAAGCUGCAGGAUGCCGAUUUCCCCCGUCUGUCUGGCUCGUCCCCAUCCCCCCUCAUGACUCCAGCGUACACUGCGCCGGCCCGGAAACCCUCUGCCUUCCAGGAGGAUGACUUCCCGGCACUAGUCCCCAAAAUCAGUCUGCAGAAGCCCAUGGGCAGCACGACCUCGGCCUGGUCCCAGUGUGGCAGCAAGAAUGUCGUGCAGCCUUCAAAGCCGACCCCUAUGCCCGGGCCCGCAUUCUCCUCCCCUGCCGGCCGGCCGCCACCCUCUUCUGCCACCUCUCAGCUUAGGAAGCCCCAAGCAGGUGGGGGUAAAGCUCCAGCCAGAGUCAGGUCCCCAUCAUCUGAGGAGGAUGAUGAGCCCGGCAGAAGCGCCCAGGACAUCCGCAGCGUGCCCACCAUGUUGGACAUCUCGUCGCUGCUGACCGGUACCUCUCAGCAGGGCUCCAAGGUGAACAAGAGGAAGAAGCAGCCUGCGGCCCCCCCACCUGGGAGCCGUCCCCCCGGGGACUCAGUUUCCAGCACAGCCCAGAAGGAGAAUGUUCCAGAGGCUAACCAGCCCCCAGCACUUAUCCCUCCCAAACCAGCGGUAGCCCCAAAAACCAGCCCUUUCAUUAAUGGGCACAUAGACAAGCCCUCAGAGAAACCCAGUGGUGUUCCCAAAGAACCUCCUGGACUGGAAAAGCGGCCUGCAUCUGACCCCUGUCUGCUUCCCAGAGAAGAAGACUUCCCUGCUUUGAUACCAAAACAGCUGCCACCUCCAGGGUUCAAAAGUACAUUCCCAUUGAGUGGCUCCCAGAAUGGUGUGCCGCCCCCUCCCCCUGGAUUAGCAGCCCCUCCCAGCAAGCCCCCUCCCGGAUUCACCGGCAUCCCUUUGAACGCCAACGUCGAUCCUGCAGUCCCGCCAGCUAAUGAAUCAGCGCAGUCACCAAGGACCUACCUCAGACCAGAGAACUUCCAGGAAAGAAACAUGGACCUGAUACAAUCAAUAAAAAAUUUUCUCCUGAACGAUGCAUCCAAGUUCAAUGAAUUUAAAACAUAUUCAAUACAGUUCAGACAGGGCAUCAUCUCUGCGGCACAGUACCACCAGAGUUGUCGGGAUCUCCUGGGGGAGAACUUCAAGAGGAUCUUCAACGAGCUCCUGGUGCUCCUCCCAGACACCGAGAAGCAGAGGGAGCUCCUUGCCGCUCAUGGGGAUUUCAAGGCCCUGGAGAAGCAGUCCAGUAGCAAACAUAAGAAAAACAAGAAGAGCGCCUGGCAGACCGGCUCCGGCAACAGCAGUCUGGAGCUCGACUGCCAGGUCUGUCCCACCUGUAGGCAGGUCGUGGCCCAGAAGGACUUCACUACCCAUAAGACUCUGCACAUGAGCGAUGAUGACUUCCCAUCUCUGCAGGCCAUCAGCAAGAUCAUCAGUUAACCCAUGGUAGAUGGCUAUAGUCAGAAGCUAGGAUCCCAGAAUCUCCGCAUUGUAGGAAAACAAGCGGUCUUUCAUUGAAUAACCUGGAGAUGGUGCACAUCCCUGAAAUACAGCAGUAAGACAUGCUGUCUGAUGUGAGGUGAUCUGGAAGGAGGAGGCUGAUAUAAAUGAAUGGAUGCAAAUUAAAGAAAGACUGCAAACCUGUCCGAAAAGGUCACUGCUGAUUUUGGAUCUACUGAAUUGUUUCACAGCUAGGAGUUGUUUCCCAGAAGGCGAUUAAUAUCUGCUUGGAAUCGUUAAAUUAUUACUGGUGGUGUUCUUUGAAGCUUGAACUUUUGCUUAUUUCUUAUAGAAAUGUAAACAUUUAAAAUUAUUAUAAUUAAUAUUUCAAAUUUCGGAUGGUUAUUUUCUGGGAAGUAGUAAUGUAGCAGGCGGUAAUUCUUUUUUCUCCUUUGUUUUGUAAACGUUUCUAAAGAUUCAAAAACAGUGGGGCUGUAGUCUUACUAUUUCAAUAAAAAGUACCGGAGGAUUAAAAGACAGUCAAAAAUGUUUAAUAGACUUAUUCUAGCACUGAAAAAAGAGGCUUAUGUGUUGGUUUAAUGAAUGAUAUGCAGAGUCAUCUGUGUUAAAUGGCAGGUGAACAUACUGCCAGUUAACCAAGGGCAGUGCACUUCAAGGCGGAUGAGGCAUCUAUUGCCUGUCUGCAGUUUGGGGAUGUGUACUGAAUUCUAGAGAGUACCCAAGUCGUGUGCAGGCCUGAGUUUUAACACUGAGCUGAAUUUCAUGAAUCAGAAAAACUCCCAUUCCAUGUGUGCAGACUGUUUCACCACGUUCAUUUGUUAGCAGAUGAACACUAAUUUGGUAGCUUUAAGGAGCUAAAGACUAAAGAGCUGUUUGGAGUAAAGAUUCUAGGAGUAAAAAUGUCCUUAAAAAUAAUCUACAAUGUGAAUGGAGUCUUUUUUUCUUUAAAACACACACCUUCUAAUUACGCUUUCUUUGUUCAAACAUCUUUAUACUCUUCUGAUCAGGAAGCCACAUGGCUGCUGCUUACUUGAUUAUUAUGGCAAUAUUUGUUAUCGAAUGAUUUUUGGAUUUCUGCACAUUCUGUAUAUUUCUCCUAUUGUUAGUGGUUCUCUCCUGGUCAUGGACUCCUUGUCCUGCAUCCUUUGUAAUCCGUAAAUGUAAUGUGGACUGUUAAUAUUGGUUGUCUUUGCUCUGUUAAUUUAAUUGUUUGUUUUUGCCAAACUGAAGAGCUGGUGAAGUGCUCUGUCGAUUGCUGCUGGUUCUCCUUGAGGCGACGUUGGCCUCUGGCUGUCCCGCACGUCACGGACGUUCCUUUAUGCUUCUGUCAGUCCACUGACAGUCUGUCCGUUUAAUUUAGCCAGACUGGCCUGACCUUGUAUAUAUGGAAGUUUCUCUGCUGACACUUGGGUUUCUGUCAGAUUUUUCAUACUGACUUUCUUGACACUGGGACCAUCUUCAAACUCAAAGUAUUUCACAGCUGAUUUGCAGGGGUUGUUUUCAUCCUUGACGUCUGUGUCUGUUUCAGUUGUGUUCAUACUAUCCAGAUUUAGCUUGAGGUGCUUCAGUAAAAGGAAAAAAACGGUGGCUUCCAGAUUUCCUGAAAGGUGGCAAUAAGUAGACUGUAGUAUUAGGCUCAGCAAGCUUCUAUAUUCAAGUUCCUGUACUUUAUAUUAAUGCUGUCAAUUAUGCUGUCCCCAUUUAGUAAAUGUGCUUCUCUUUCACUGGGAAAUGAGUUGCCUAAAACCUCAA